CUGUAAAGAUGGCUCCGACCCGGAGUAUUAUUGGAUUUUUAAAUCCUAAAACUAUUAGUGCUGUUUUUAGUUCUAAUAUAUCAAAAACUUCGUGUCGCUUUAUUCAUAGAUGUAAUAAUUGCAAUCAUUUUUUAAGGAAUCCGGUAGUAUCUACCGUGACAUUGGGUCGUAAAAAUAUUAAAUAUGGCGAACUUAGUGCGAGACAUCGAUACAUUCAUACUACUUCUAGUUUAAAUGCAAGGACCGACUAUUAUCAAGUCCUCGGUGUAUCCAAAAAUGCAUCAGCUAAAGAUAUCAAAAAGGCGUACUAUCAGCUCGCUAAAAAGUAUCACCCGGAUGCAAAUAAAUCAGAUCCUGAAGCUCCGAAAAAGUUUCAAGAAGUUUCCGAAGCGUAUGAGAUCCUGUCCGAUGAAAACAAACGUAAGCAAUAUGAUACAUAUGGUACAACAUCUGAGCAAAUGGGCAUGGGUGGAGGACCCGGAGGACCCGAUGGUUUUACACAUCAAUGGCAAUAUAAAUCCACCAUAGAUCCUGAAGAGCUCUUCCGUAAGAUAUUUGGAGAUGCAGGAUUCAAAGCUGAAUCGUUUAGCGACUUUGCUGAGAGCAAGUUCGGUUUUGGUGCAGCUCAAGAAAUAAUAGUAAAUCUACGAUUCACUGAGGCAGCUCGUGGUGUGAACAAAGAUAUAAAUGUCAAUGUGGUAGACACAUGUCCUAAAUGUAUGGGUUCUAGGAGUGAGCCUGGCACCAAAGCCAUUAAGUGUACUUAUUGUAAUGGCACUGGCAUGGAAACAUUUUCUAGAGGACCAUUUGUGAUGCGUUCAACUUGCAGACAUUGCCAUGGCACUAGAAUGCUGAUUAAGUUCCCAUGUGUUGAAUGUGAAGGCAAGGGACAGACUGUUCAACGUAAGAAAGUUACAGUUCCAGUACCGGCUGGGGUGGAAGAUGGACAGACAGUACGAAUGGCUGUCGGCAACAAUGAAGUCUUUAUAACAUUCAAAGUUGAAAGCUCAAGCUAUUUUAAAAGAGACGGACCAGAUGUUCAUACUGAUUGCACAAUUUCAGUGUCACAAGCGUUACUGGGUGGAACCGUGAGGAUACAAGGCCUUUAUGAAGACCAUACAAUACAGAUUGUUCCGGGCACGUCCUCUCACAGCAUAGUCCGUUUGUCUCGGAAAGGUAUGAAGAGAGUUAGUCAGCACGGACACGGUGACCACUAUGUGCACAUUAAAAUACAGGUACCGAAGACGCUGAGUGAAAAGCAGAAGGCACUUGUAUACGCUUACGCUGAACUAGAAGAGGAAACGCCAGGCCAAAUACACGGCGUUUCUUAUGACAGAGAUGCCGAUAGCAAAAAAACCGGUAACGCGAACGAAUCACAAAGUAUACACGAAGCGAAUCGCGAACCGGAAACAGAACGGGACGGAACAAAAUGGACAUUCAUAGACAGUUUACUUGAGUCAUUGCACAAAAAUAGAACUAGUUUCGUAACUGGUUUCGUUUUGUCUGUUAUUAUGUGUUUAUUCUUCCUAACUAACGACCCCAAAGAUAGAUAUGGAGUAUAUAAAUAUGUAGAAAAGAAAGAAUCUGAGGGUGAGGCUAGGUAUCCCGAUGUACCACUCGGGUAUAAAGACACUAUACGCAAGCAAAAGGAAAAAAAUCCGGAACUGUAUGACGCGUAAAGCGUUAUUGAUAUUAAAUUUGGGAUCAAUAUGGAUUAUGCAUUUUUGAUAUUUUUAAUGUUCGUCUACAAUUUUUAAACACAAAUUAAAAACGAAAACAAAUGUCAAUAUUUUUGACGGGCUUCUUUUAACGUCAAAUCUUUUAUAAAUAAAAGUCGUUCAUCAAUUUUCGAUCAGUAGUUAAAAAAAAAAAACUAUUCUUAAUAUUUUUGUUAUCAAAUUAAUUUCCAAAAAAACGUCGUUUUGGAGAAGUUUAAAGUUACUCGUAAUCAAGCUGAUAGUCAUGAGAUGUAUUAUCUGUAACAGUUUUUUGUGGAGACCAUAGAGGAGAUAGAGAGUCUAGUUAUCCUAGUGAGAAUUAUUAAAUAAAAGGUUAUCUGUUGUUUCGGAAUUAAAAGCGAACCAAAAGAAUAUUCAACAAUAGUGUCUGACAUUUUGCAAAACCAUAUAAAAGUUUGAUUGAAUUGCCUUAUUUCAUCAAUAAAUUUUUUUUGUAGAAGAAUGAAGAUAGGGUCGAUUUUAAUACCCUUAUAUGCAUAUUCCCUAUUGAUUUAAAAUUAAUUAAUUUAUUAUUAUAAACAAAAUAUAAUGUUUCUUAGAAAUAUGUUAUGUAUAUAAGUUUCUUAUAUAUUUAAAAGCAUUGAAUGAAUAAUGUUUUGAAUGUGAUAGCUUACAGAGGAUAUAGUAUGAUGGUUAUGUCUGAAAUUGUAUAUAAUUUCAUUAAUAUAUGAAUUAUUUGACCGUAUCUGUU